AGUUUUAUUAUAUUAUGUUAUUGACAAAUGUAAGUAACACGUUGUCUAAUUGCUGAACGUAAACGUUGUAACGACGCAAAAGAUAAAGUCUAUAUAAAACGACUUAAUAAUAUGAAAGAAUUUCUCUUUUAAACAUGAUGAAACGGAAAUUAUUUCAAUGUCAUCAAGUAAUAACAAUUCAAUAGGUUAAAUUAUACGCCAUGGUAGUAAAAAAAAAACUUCAUUUUAAACGAGGAUUAAACUUUUUUUGUAAUUCAAAUAUGUUUUUAAACUAGAAGCAAUAAAUGUUGGUAACGUUCUAAUUUAUUAUCGAACAAAAACUAACAAAAUAAAAAAAAUAAAAAAAGUGUAUGGAAUCCAAACGUGGCAGGAUGAAAGAUAUUUCUAACGUUCAAGUGUUUGUAAGAGCAUGUCCAACAUUUUCAGAUGAUGAAACUAUUAAUCUAAAAUUUCCAAACAAAAAUGAGAUUAUCUUGCAAGAUGGUGGUAAAGAAACAAAAUACAAAUUUGACCAGGUCUUUCCACCUCAAUCCUCAAAUGAAGAUAUAACAACAUCAUUAUGUGGUCCACUAGUUUCUUCUGUUUUUAAUGGGUUUAAUGUUAGUUUCAUUGUAUAUGGACAGACAUGUACAGGAAAAACUUAUUCGAUGCUCUCUCAGGAUGGAAUGAUACCCACAACAGUACGCAAGUUAUUCGAUUGUCUUUCGAACUAUACCGAAUACAGUUAUUCACUUAGUUUGUCUUAUUUGCAAAUUUACCAAGAUCGGAUUUACGAUUUGCUUUUUAACAGCGAAAAUGGUCCACUUGCACUGAGAGAACACCCAAAAGAUGGGAUUUUAGUUGAGGGUUUAUCUGAGACAGUUAUAAAUAACACAGAAGAAGCUAUUCAUUUGUUAGAUACAGGGAAAGUAAAGCUAAUUUUGGAUGAAAGAUCACCUCAUAAUUCACGGUCUCAUGUAAUUUGCAUGAUAACUAUCAAGAAGCAAUUAAAAAGGAAAUCAGUAAAAAAAAAGAAAAUAUCUAAUUUUGGAAAGAGCGAAAAAGAAAUUGAAGAUACAGUUAUAAAAACAAAGUUGUACAUGUGUGAUCUAGCUGGUGCAGAAAGAAUGAGAAAAAAAGAUCUUGAAACUUGCUCAAAUAGAAGAAUGUCUGAAGUCAAAUUUAUUAACACAUCAUUGUUAGAACUUGGAAAUGUUAUUCAUGCAUUAGCAUCUCGAAGUAGCUAUAUCCCAUUUCGAAACGCACCUCUAACAAGAAUAUUGCAAGAAAGUCUUGCUCGAAAUAGCAAAGCUGCAAUUAUGAUUUGUGUCUCACCAUCUAUACUCAACACUAAAGAAACAAAAUUUUCUUUGAAUUUCGGAAGGCGAGCAAUGAAUGUAGUCAAUGUUUCUUCAUCAACAUAUAUUGAAGAUUUUCAUAUGGUAAACAAUAUACAGAAAAGAAAGGUUGACUACAAAGCUUUAGCAGAACGUCUUCAAAAGGAAUUGAUUCAACUAGAAGAGGCAUAUGAAAAGGAAAAAAGUAAUUUCCAGUCAUUGAAACAUUUAAUUCAACAAAAUUCUGAUGGAAUUCAAUCUGUUGAUGAUGCAUUAAAUAAAACGAAACAAAGACAAUAUGCAAGUGUUCACUGUCAAACCAGCUUUAAUACCGAGAAACUUUGUUUUGAUUUUAAUUUUUUAAAUAGUGAAAACUCCUUAUCUCUCAUUACUCAGUAUAAUUCAGACAUUUCCCAAAAGUCUGAAACUUUAGAACAGCCAAUCAAUGGAGAGUGUAAAGAUUAUAAUGAAGCACUUGAUGCUCCAGAUGGAAGUUCACCAAAUUCUAAAAAGUUAUCAUUUGAUAUGUUAGACUAUAAUUAUGAGAAUGCAAAUGAUUUUAAAACAACAGAAGUUAUUAGGAACUCCAUUACUUUAUCCCAAAAUGAAAAUGAGGUUGGGACUCAGGUUGUAUUAAUAUCAAAUACCCAAAAUGCAGAUAAAUCAAAGUGUUUAUAUGAUGCAAAAAAUUGUGAUAAUGAGUCUUUAGUUUUAAACAAUAUUAAUCAAAUUGAAAAAGAAUCAUUUAGUAACACGUCCCAUAUUUAUUUUGAAAACGACCGCAAUACAAAUAGAAAACUCAGCGGUGAAACAGUAUUGGUUCAAAAAAAUUCUCAUUUAAAAAUUUCUUCAAAUGUUUCUACUCAAACAGAUAAUCUAGAAGACACGAAUGCAGAUCAAAGUCAUGCAGAUCAAACUGAAGAUUUUGAAAGUUUUACUAUGAAUACAAACAAUAUAUUUUCAGCUAGUAACAUUACUCUAAGAUCAGUAGGGGAAUUUCUUCAGAAUAUUUUAAAAAUUGGUGGCUCCAUUCCACAACUUAAUUACCUUCACAGCAUAACUGAUAUUACUAAUAUAGAUAUUGGAAAGUUUGAUUUGCUUUUUGGUAGCUCUUUAACUGACAACUUAGACGAUUUAGAAAAGUAUAUAAUAUAUCUUGGAUACCUAACUGAUGAGAUGCCUUAUUUUAUUGAUAGUGCAGUUGUGUUAAAUGACGUACUAAACAUAGUAGAGGAUGAAACCAAUAUUGUUUCAGUUUUUGAUAGAGAUAAUGUUUCAAUUCUUAGUCAUUUAGAUUCAGUAGAUGCUUGUGGAUCUAUUGCACAAAAAAAAUUUAAAUCCGAAUGGGAAUCAUGUGAUGAUUUACUAAAACUUGUAGAAGAUGAGUUAAAUAAUGAAAAAGACAUGUAUAUUACUGAUUCAAAAUCUUCAGAAACUAUUUCUGAAAAGGAAGCUUCUAUCGUUAAAGAAUUAACUGGUCUUGAAAAUCAAAUUGAAUCUUGUGAAAAGAAACUUUUUGAAGAGUUGGACAACCAGACUAAAUCAGGCGAUAUUGAUAAAGUUUCUGAUCUGAACAAGAAAAAAGAUGAUAUUCAAACAUUUUUUAAAAAAUUAAAAAUUGACUUAGAAGAUUUGUCUUUAGAUGAAAAUUCUGAUUCUGAUGAAAACAGUGAUUUAAUUGAAAAGGAUUUGGAUUCAAAUCAAAAUCUUUUUCGUAAAAAUUCUUUAACUGGUCUUGAUACAAACAAUACUUCGCAAAAUGAAUGUAAUAAUAAAUCUAUAACAGAAAUUGAACUUGAAAAUAUUGCAUUGCGAAAGGAACUUAUGUUAGUAAAAUUGGAAAAAAUGCGACUUGAAGCUAUGUUGGCUGCAAUGUGUAAGGAUAUUGAUUUAUCUACUAUUGGUGCCCCUUCUAUUGGUGUCCCUUCGAUACCUGGAAGUAAAAGUUCUCGCAGAGGAAGUUUCAAAAGACUUUUUAAAAAGUUCAAAAUAAGGAAAAGUUCAUCGCACAGUAUCACAAGCACGCCAAAUGUUACAAGCACACCAAAUAGUAUUCAAAAGUCAGGUUUAGUGGCCAAAUGGUUAACUCAAGAAAACAGAUAUUCUCUCACAGAUCCAAUAUCACCAACUGCUGAUACUGAUCUAAAACAUGAAAGCAAGUCAUUAUCAGAUAUUAGCUAUGCUGGUGAUUCUCCGUUAAUUACCAAGAAAAUACCUGAUGAUACGCCUUAUGAAAAUGGAGAAACGGCAUCUGUAAAGUCGAAAGAUCGUCACUUUCCUUUUAUUAAAUUGCACAGGAAUUCCAGACGUUUUUCCAAGAAUCUAACAAAACUGGAAGACGUUCCAGACGUUUCUCCAAAAAUCUAACAAAACUGGAAGACGUUCCAGACGUUUCUCCAAAAAUCUAACAAAACUGGAAGACGUUCCAGACGUUUUUCCAAGAAUCUAUCUAAACUGAAAGACGUUCCAGACGUUUCUCCAAGAAUCUAAUAAAACUAAAAGACGUUCCGAACGUUUCUCCAAGAAUCUAACAAAACUGGAAGACAUUCCAGACGUUUCUCCAAGAAUCUAACAAAACUGGAAGAGUAGAAACUUUUGAUUUGUAUUACUCUUUAUUUAUAUUACUGUUAAUUUUCUAGAACAUAUUUUUGCAACUA